CGAGGGCCGGGAGAUUGGCAACCUCUGUGCCAGGAAACAGGUCUGUGAGGGAGCAGAGGAGGCGGCUGCGUCUCUGGAGGGACCCCUCCUCGUCCUGGAGGACCCCAGGCAACUCAUGGACCUUUCCAGACCCAGAGGGAGCCUGUGGAGGGAGUUCUUCCUCGUGGCCAGUCUGCUGGCCUGCGGGAUCUGCCAGGCCUCUGGCCAAAUCUUCAUCACCCAAAUACUGGGGAUAAAGGGAUAUUUGACUAUCCUUGCCGUGGACAACGUCCCCGAGGAUGUCCAGGAAUACAGCUGGUACCGGGGUGCGAACGACAGCAUGGGAAACAUGAUUAUGAACUACAAACUGCCCAGUACCCGGCAGCCUGGGCCCAUGUACACCGGCAGGGAGAGGGUGAACACGGAAGGCGACCUGGUGAUCAGGCCGACUGCAUUAAAUGACACAGGAAACUACACCGUUCGCGUGGUUGCCAGCAAUGAGACCCAAAGAGCAACCGGCUGGCUGGAGGUUGUAGAGUUGGAAAGUGAUCCGAGCCUCUCAGUCAACGCCACCUCCCUGGUAGAGAACUUGGAUUCCGUGGCUGCCAAUUGCCACACCAAUGCCACCAACAUCACGUGGUAUGUGAAUUAUGGACCCAUAUCUAGCAGUGACCGGAUGAGAAUUUCCCCAGAUGGCAAGACCCUCGUCAUCCUCAGGAUUAGGCGUACUGAGAGAACUCUUCAGUGUGCGAUAGAGAGUUUCCCAGACAUCUUCCAGAAGAGCGAAGUCAUCUCUCUGACUGUGUCUUAUGGGCCCGACGAUGUGCUGCUGAGGAGCAAUCCAUAUGCCUUUAAUGGCAUCAUGAAAGCUGAGAUCGGCUCCCAGGUGGAAAUGGAAUGUGUCGCCCAUUCUUUGCCGGCUCUCAAGCACCGCUGGAUCCACAACGGUUCCCUCCUGAAUGUCUCAGAUGCAACAGUGAAUCUCUCAAGUCUGGCCUGGGAGCAGAUGGGCAGUUACCGAUGCAUCGUGGAGAACCCUGUGACACAGUUGACCUUCUAUGGGGACUUUAGGAUCCAGGCCCCCGAGAUCUUACCUGUUGUCCACAAAGAGUUCUCCAUCUCGGAACCCACAGUGGUGCUCCUCAUCGGGUGGACAGCGGCGGCUGGCGUCUACCUCUGUGGAGUCCUGAUCCACGUUCUGAUCAACUGCUACUCAAACAGGACAAAUCGGGCCACUUGAGUGUCCCUCUCAGGCCUGAGGACAAGACCAGCGGGCAAACAGCUCCUGUGCUUCCAGGUUUUCAGAUAUUCACCCAUGGAAUCAACAGCAACGCUGCAAACUUAAGGCCAAGGGGUCCCCACUCAUUGGUUGCUUCACUGAGUGCUGGGUGAGAGAAGAGACCUCAGAAUCAGGCAGAGAUUAAAUUCCAGCUCUGCUCUGAGUAGCUGAGUAACCUGAACAGCUCCAGUGAGGUUUCUGCAUCCGGAGGCACCGUGGAACCAUUAAGUCGGCAUGAUGAGCACAUCUGUCAGCUCAAAUAUUCACUUUUCUUUGGUGACAACAUUUAAACUCCUCUCAUUUAGCUAUUUUGAAAUAUUCAGCUAAUCCAAAUACAUCAUUCUGUUAUUUGGAAC